GCAGACGAUUCCACUUUUCGUCCUUUUUGUACAACAAACCUACAUAAGCUACAUAAUCGUUCGUGAAAUUACACCGGGACGUGAUACACAUACUACUAUAUCCAAAUCCAAGGCAACCUUUUAACUGAAGGAGGACUGAAACAUUAUGGCUAACUCCAUGCAUAGAAUUCCUAACUACAUUUCAAGGUCGGCCUUGAAUUCAAGGGGAAUCAAAUCCAGCAUAGUCAAACAGUUCUUAAGCAGCCAUCCUACUGUCUUGACAACAACAGCCCAGAGAACCAUGGCUAGCGGAUUUCGAAUUGAAGCUGAUACGUUUGGAGAACUCCAAGUCCCAGAUAAUAAAUACUAUGGAGCUCAAACUGUUCGUUCCACAAUGAAUUUCCCAAUUGGAGGAGAAUCAGAAAAAAUGCCAUUACCGGUGAUCAAAGCAUUUGGAGUGCUAAAGAAAGCAGCAGCAGAAGUCAAUCAAGAUUAUGGGCUAGAUCCCAAGAUUGCUGCAUCAAUUAGCCAAGCUUGCGAUGAGGUUAUUGAUGGUUCCUUGUAUGCAGAUCAUUUCCCUCUAGUAAUUUGGCAAACUGGUUCAGGAACACAAUCAAAUAUGAACGUGAAUGAGGUUAUCAGCAAUAGGGCAAUUGAAAUUAUGGGUGGUGUCUUAGGAAGCAAAAAACCAGUGCAUCCAAAUGACCAUGUUAACAAAAGCCAGAGUUCGAACGACACUUAUCCCACGGCUAUGCAUAUUGCAGUUGCUGUUGAAGUGACCAGUAACCUUUUACCUAGCCUUCAACGAUUGCAUGAUGCAAUUGAUGCAAAGGCUAAAGAGUUUCAAGAUAUCAUCAAAAUUGGACGAACGCAUACUCAAGACGCAACACCCUUAACUUUAGGACAAGAAUUCAGUGGUUAUGCCCAGCAAAUCGCGUUUGGCAUUGAACGCGUCAAAGCUUCACUUCCACAUGUGUACAUGCUUGCUGCUGGUGGAACAGCUGUUGGAACCGGUUUGAAUACGCGCAUUGGAUUUGCCGAGAAAGUAGCAGCUCGAGUUUCUGAGCUAACAGGAUUGCCUUUUGUGACGGCACCCAACAAAUUCGAAGCCCUUGCUUCUCAUGACGCUCUUGUUCAGAUGUCUGGAUCUUUGAACACGGUUGCUGUUAGCCUCAUGAAGAUUGCUAACGAUAUCAGAUUUUUGGCUUCGGGUCCUCGCUGUGGGCUGGGAGAAUUAUCCUUGCCUGAGAACGAACCCGGUUCCUCUAUCAUGCCAGGAAAGGUUAAUCCAACCCAAUGCGAAGCUAUUACCAUGGUCGCAGCACAAGUGAUGGGUAAUCAUGUUGCCGUAACUAUUGGCGGCAGUAACGGACAUUUUGAACUGAAUGUGUUUAAGCCGUUGAUCGUUUCCAACGUACUCCGGUCCAUUCGGUUGCUGGCUGAUAGCUCUAACGCCUUCACCAAGAAUUGCGUUGUCGGAAUUGAAGCCAACCGUGACCGCAUCAACAAGUUAUUGCACGAAUCCUUAAUGCUUGUUACAGCUCUGAAUCCUCACAUUGGAUACGAUAAGGCUGCAAAGAUUGCCAAAACGGCUCACAAAGAGGGAUCGACAUUAAAGGAGACUGCCCUUAAACUCGGAUAUUUAACCGAGGAACAGUUUAAUCAAUGGGUAAAACCAGAGGAUAUGCUUGGACCCAAGUAAUUUGUUAUUGCCAAGAGCCUCAGUCGGUUUGGUUUUUUAAUAGUUGUAUAAAAAUCAUAGAAUGAAUAUACUAAUUACCCAUUGAAA